CUGACAUUUCAAAAUGUGAUAAUUCAGAACAUAACUACAUCAACAUCAACAAUGAACUUAUCAAAAAUUCUUGUAAGAGCCAAGCCACUGAAAUCAUGCUGCAGAAAUUACUUCAAAAACAUAUCACCUCCUCCCUUAUGUCCUCAACCACCACCUUAUAGGUUCACUGUAACACUUAUGGAUGCAGCUACAGAUAUGGGUCAAGCUUUAGGACUUAUGUUGAAGCAAAAUCCAAUCAUUGAAGAGUUGAGGCUGUACGAUGACAGAGAUACCAUAGGGAUUGGAAUGGAUCUCACUGAUAUUGAUACUGCAACAAGAAUUCUCGCUUUUACAGGGGAAGAAAACCUCACAGAGGCUUUGACGAACACAAAUCUUGUCAUUAACUGUGGAGGUCAUUCAGCGAACCCUUUUGAAAGUUACGAAGAUCUUUUCGAAAGAAAUGCUGAAUAUGUAAGAAGAACUGCAAUUUACUUGACUGAAUUCAACAGAAGAGCAGUUUUUUGCAUUGCUCGACCACCAGUGGAAUCGAUGGUGCCAUUGGUGUAUCAGGAAUAUUUAAGGGCAGGGGUGAAAGUACCAGAAGUGAAAAUUGUCGGAGCUGCUAACUAUCAGUCUAUGAGGGCUAAUUGUUGGAUUGCAAAAUUUAUGAAGAAGAAUUCUUUCAAUGUUACGUGUCCUUUAAUCGGAGGGGUAUCUCCAGAGACUGUUGUUGCCGUGAUAUCCGGAUCUAAUCCAGGAAGAAAAUUGACUGACCCGAGAAUACUCAAUGCUAUUCAAGAAGGUACAGCUUACGGCGAAGAGAACGCGCUAGGGAUCAGACUUCACGAAGAUGGAGGAUCUGCAGCAUUUGCACCUGCUGUUGCUGCAUAUCGCCUAGUCAAUAAAAUAUUGAAAGGAUUUCGAGGUGACGAAGACACCUACGACUGCGCCUUUGUGAAGCAGGAGGGUCACCUAAAAAAAUUUCUGCCCUACAUGACAUCUAUAGUGAAAUUUGGUAGACAUGGUGUUUAUGAUACGCAUAUGAUGGACAUGGUAGGGAGCGAAUUGUAUCGUCUGAAGAAAAUCUACCCAGUCUUGAGGGCUUACAUUCAUUUAGGCGAGCAAUAUGUUCAUGGGCUUCCCUUACCACUUGGAAAGUUACCAUGCAGUAAACCUUGCAAUAUGACUAAAACUAAAACAGUUGAAGAUGCAAAAAAUCCCCUUAAGGUAAAGAUAGUGGACCCUACUGUGUACGAUAGAUGUGGUAGAAUUGAAGAAAGGAGAGACUAUGGUGAAUCAUGCACAUGAUAUAUUCAAAUAGACAAAUUCUCCGAAAGUCAUAUAUUAUUUAAAGGAUUAAUAUAUGAUUCAAUUACA